AUGGCCCCCCAGAAGAAGAGCAAGAAGGAUGCCAACAGCAUCAACUCCAAGUUGGCGCUUGUUAUGAAGUCCGGAAAGGUCACUCUUGGCUACAAGUCUACCCUCAAGAGUCUCCGAUCUGGCAAGGCCAAGCUCAUCAUCAUUGCUGGCAACACUCCUCCUCUCCGCAAGUCUGAGCUCGAGUACUACAGCAUGCUGUCCAAGGCCCCCAUCCACCACUUCUCUGGAAACAACAUUGAGCUCGGUACCGCCUGCGGUAAGCUCUUCCGUUGCUCCACCAUGGCCAUCCUCGAUGCUGGUGACUCCGACAUUCUUAGCGACCAGCAGGCUUAA